AUGUAAGCAAUUGAAGAAAUUAAAAGAAUAGUCAAAUAAGAUUCUUUUAUUAUGGGUCAAUUAUAUCAUGCCGUUGGAGAAAUACACUAUUUUAAUCAUGAUUUUGAAGAUGCUAUAGAGUAUUUCGAUGCUGCUUAUGAUAUAAAGAUUCAAUAUCCUAAAGAAAGAUUAUCAUAAAUUUUGACUAUCAAUUAUUUAGGAAGCAGUUGUUAUCAUUUAGGAGAAUAUAAAAAAGCAUAAGAAUUAUAUGAAAUAUCAUUAAGUUAGAUUACUGAGAAAUCAACAUUGAUUGAAGCAUAAAUUUUGAAUAAUCUUGCAAUGACCAAAAUUGCUUAAAAUACAAAUGCAAAAAAUGAUUUAGAUAGAGCCAUCUCUAUUUACUUAAUUUAUUUCUCAGAAACUCAUCCAUCUGUAAGAAGAGCAUUGAGAAAUCUUAAGUUUUAAAAAUGA